AUGUCGUCCAGACUUCGAUCUAAGAAAACGCGUCUACGCAACUUGAUGACGUCUUUCAACGGUAUUUACCUGCUGAUGGAGCAGUAUGAUCCAGAGCAACAUUGGUGUGAGCUGGCUUCGCGGUUGGAGAAGCUGGAGCCGCUGUGGGAACAAAUCAAUGAAGCGAUGACGGAGACGGAGAUGGUCGACAGUGAGGAAGGUUCAUCGGAAGAACGGUAUGUUAAGGAACGAAUUGAAUUCCAGAAUAAAUUCUUUGCUGUGAAGGCAUUCCUGCAAAAUAAACUGCGAGAGUGUUCCGAUCGCAACGCCGCCCUGCCCCAGGUUCUUGAGUCCAGCGUAAUUACCAGUUCGCAUCCUCACCCUCAUGUAAAACUACCGAUGAUAAGUCUACCGAAAUUUUCCGGAAACAUUGAGGAGUGGUUAGCUUUCCGCGACCUCUACGUGUCAUUGAUCCACUUAUCUUCAGACCUUCCCGAAAUAGAGAAGUUUCAUUAUCUACGGAGUCAACUAGAAGGGGAAGCAUUGACACUGAUUUCAUCCCUCGCUAUAACCCAAGCGAACUACGAGGUCGCGUGGCAUUUAUUGGUAAAACGGUACUCAAAUAGUAAGUUGCUCAAGAAAAAGCAGGUCCAGAAACUUUUCGAGCUGCAUACGGUUAAAAGGGAAUCGGUCGUGGAACUUCAAAGGUUGGUUGAUGGAUUUGAAAAGGCGACUAAAGUGCUGGAUCAGGUGGUAGAGGCAGCAAAUUAUAAGGACCUAUUAUUGAUCCAUUUGCUUUGUUCACGUUUAGAUGACAAAACUCGACGCUGCUGGGAGGAAUAUUCUUCGUCAUUGGAAGAGGAGAGUGUUAAGGAUAUUGUGGAAUUCCUACAACGUCGGGUUCGGAUUCUGGAAUCACUCCCUUGUAAACAACCGGAAUCAUACCCACCGAUGGUCAGGAAGGUCCAAUCGUCAAAGCUUGCUAGUCAUAGCACCAUUCAAACUACCCCGAACAAAUGUUUUUCGUGUGCGGACUCGCAUCCUUUGUACAUCUGUCCUAAAUUCACCAGGCUCUCAGUUAGCGAGAGGGAAAAUUUACUUCGACAAAACUCACUGUGCAGAAACUGCUUUCGAAAAGGACAUCAGGCUCGUGAAUGCUCAUCGAAAUUCUCAUGUCGUCGAUGUAAACAGCGUCAUCAUACCUUGGUUUGCUAUAAACCGGAAGAUACACAUGGUAAUCAACAACCAAAUACCUCAAUCGAAUCAACCGUUCAGGGUGGCAGUUCCAAUACGGAAGACCAUAGAAUUAUCCAAUCUCAUACCAAUUCGGUAAUGGUUAGCAGUACCAUAAACAGGAAGGCGAAAAAAGUGCUUUUGGCGACAGCAAUCGUUAUGGUCGAGGACUAUUUUGGAAACCAAUUCCCGGGAAGAGCACUCCUAGAUUCUGGUUCAGAGUGUAACAUUAUUUCCGCUCAUCUUUCACAGAAACUACGUGUGAAACGAGUAAAAUCAAAUGUACAAAUAUCCGGUGUCGGACAAGUCUCAGCCAGUACAUCAGAGAAAAUUCAAGCUACAGUGAAAUCAAGGUUAACCGACUACAGAGAAACCAUGGAAUUUUAUGUUUUAUCCAGGGUAACUGAGGAUUUGCCAACCACCACCAUUGAUAUCAACUGUGAUUUACCGGUGAAUCUUUCUUCAGCUUUUUCCCAUCAAAGCAACGGAAAAUCACUGGGAAAUCACUUACCGACACUCAUUGAUUCGGUGUUUGGUUGGGUGGUCACUGGACGAUGUGGUUGGGAUAAUGGAAAGUCUCCUAUCGUUUGCCAACACUCGACGAUAUCGGAGUCACUGGAAAGACUGAUGCAACGAUUCUGGGAAUGCGAGAAUGAAGGUUCGCAAUCAAACUACUCUCUGGAGGAAUCCCAAUGUGAAGAGUAUUUUUUACGAACAGUGAAGCGAGGUCAGGAUGGUCGCUACACAGUUGGUUUGCCAAAAGCCACGGAAAAAUUUGCAAGGUUGGGUGAUACGAAGGUGACUGCACAUCGUCGUUUAAUGCUUCUGGAACGAAGACUAACCCGCGACAAUUUGAAGUUGGAGUACCAUACAUUUAUGUCCGAUUACAUGGAACGAGGACACAUGAGGAAGGUUUCAGAAACAUCAGUGGAACCUAUCACCACCUACUAUCUCCCACAUCACCCAGUGAUAAAAGACUCGAGCACGACUAUCCGCGACGAUUUACGAAGCAUCAUAAUGCGAAGUCGACUAUUCCCAAUUGUUUUAAUCGCCGGCAUCGAAAAGAUGUUUAGACAAAUUUGGAUGGCUUCAGAGGAUUUGUCUCUUCAAAGAGUUUUGUGGCGAUUCGAUCCCGAACAACCCGUCGACGUUUACGAGUUGCUAACCGUUACAUAUGGUACAAAAACAGCUCCCUUUUUAGCUACCCGCACCCUCAAGCAAUUGUCCAUAGAUGAGGCUGCAAACUUCCCGUCAGUAGUCGCUGGAAUACUUGCCAAGGACGUUUAUAUGGAUGACGUCAUUACGGGAGUGUAG